AAUAAUAGCUAUGCCGAAUCCUCGUAGGCGAGGUAAACAAAAUUCCUGCCAACACUUCUGUCCCUCGGCUCUCACAGGAUGGAGGUGAAGGUGACAAUAGAGACACUGCCUUACGAGGUGCUUGAGAGGAUACUGAGCAAUCCCUGUGUCACCGUAGAGGACGUUGUAAGCUGUUCCCUCACCUGCAAAUACCUAAAUGGUGUGUGUCUGAGAAACUCCUUAUGGAGAUCCAAAUUUGCCCACCAAUACCCGUACACGUACCACUACAUUCACACCAAGGAAAGGAAGGACUGGAAGGCGAAGUACGUGGCGCAGUACCGGUGUAAGGUCAAGCUGGUGCAGUGUGUCCUAGCUCUCUCCAGGACGUUUGUGUGGUCAAUGUACCAUGAUUACGAGUGGCCGGACAUACCCAGACGUGCUUUGGCGCUGUACGAGGACUUGUUUAGUGACACCCUCGGUGACGCCAAUAACCAUUACGUGCUGGACGAGUGCCACAAUAUCCUCAACUCCGGCAACCCAUGCAUGGAGCUGACCCUUAAAUACUACGCCGACAAGUUACACAGGCACACGUAUGAGCGAUUAGUAAUUAGUAGUAAGUGGGAUGAGUUUCUGGCGCGGGGUAACUGCUACGAGGAGGGACUGCUGUGGGUGGUGGUGGGGUUGAGACCAGUUCCGAAGAUGUGCAGUGAGACAGGGGUGCGCGCCAGCCUAGACAGACUAGCCCAAGAGACCCUAGAGCACAUCAAGGAGGUGUAUCCCACUAAUCCGUUAAGUACCAAGGCACUGUCUGAUGAGGACCUGGUGUGCAAGGACUCAAGUCAGUGGAGGGGAGAACACUGUUUUGAAAUCUUACAAGCAGUUCACCAUGUCUUGAAGCACAAGUCUGGCUACAAGGUGAACAACAGUUUGUGUGAGAGUGAGCCAGACCAUUACUGCAUCGAUUAUGUCCUGCACCACAAGAAGGGCAGCUCCAAACUCCUACUAGCCAUACAGCUCUGUGUGGCCCGGCGUCUUGGGGUGUCUGCAGUGCUGCACCAGAACCUCAGCGAUCAUGUCCUGGCCACUUGGAAACUGUAUUACGUGGGGCAGGAUGGGGUGAGUGGCUAUAUGGAUACCUGUGACCUGUGCAAAAAAGACCUGUGUGUGCUGAUGGAUGAGUGGCAGGAAGGGCAGCUGGUGGAUGCAAAGGGAAUGUGCCAGGCUAUCCUCCAGCAGGUGGUGUUCCUGACAGAGUGCUGGCUCAAGAGGGAGAGAUGGCAUGCAGGGGAGCCAGUCCUGUAUGAUCUGCUAGAUGAGGAGACGUACAACCAACCUAUCCGCCUGCUGUUCACUGCCUGGCAGCAUGUGGAGCACUGGAAGAUGAGCCGCCUGUACCACUACAUGAACCAGCUGCUCAGAGUCACAGGCAGCAAGCACACGCAGGGCAAGAUUCUCCACCUCAGCAUCCUCCUGCGCAUCAACUCAAAACUGACCCUGGUGAAGCUGCUGCAGUUCCGGCGCAGCAUGGGUCAGCCACCCAACACUAUGAGGGACCUCCUCCGCAUGCUGGCCAGUGUCGACAAGCGUGCACGGACCAGAGUCAUGGAGCUGAAGACCCUCCUCUCAUCAGGACUCCCCAGCCACUCCAGCCUGAACCCCCUGGCCAGUGUUCCAUGGCCCCAUGGCUGGCCCGGUGGGGAGAUGGUGCAGAAGAGACGCGUGGAUCGGAAAAGCUGGCAGGUGCAGUUUGCUGUGGGGGAGGUCCUGGAACAGCGUGGUGGGGAUCUGUGUGUUGUGUAUGACUGGGAUUCAAUGUGUGUUGAGAGUGAGGACACCCUGGUGCUGAUGGGUGAAACAGGGCUGGCCUAUGGCACUGACCAGCCCUUCUACAGAGUGCUGACUGAUGGAGGAUCAGCGCGGUACCUGGCACAGGAAAAUCUUCGUCAUGCCCACCAGCCUCAACACAUCAAGAACCCUCUCAUCGGCCGCUACUUCACUGCAUUCAUCUAUCCGUUCUAUCUGCCCAACCCACAGAAGGCAUACGAAUACCCAGAAGAUGCCAACAUCAGAGAACAGAAUGCACUAACAUUAAAACUAAAAUUUGCAUCUAAUGACUAACUUUUACUUUGUUUGUUGAAGCUUUUUUUUUUUUAAAGUUAUGUAUAUACCUUGUAACUGAUUUGUAUCUAUCUGGUCAUUAUUGUUUUAAAAGUUAAAUUGAGAUUUUA